CUCAUCUGAAGUCACCCAGACAUCUUCACCAUGUGCCCGCCAUUAGCGAUUAACCUGCCAUUGUCGGAGACACCUGAUGUAAAACAUGCUCAUCUACUAGACUUUGUUCCCCAUAGCGAAAUCUCGAAGGCCGCUUUCGAACUGGCUUCUCGCCUACUGCCACCGUCCAUUUUAAACCAUAGCAUUCGUGUCUACCUCUACGCCCACUUCCUCACACAGCCCAACUCAAUUUACUCUUCGGCUAAGCAAGAUCUCCUCUUCGCCGCAUGCAUUUUGCACGACAUUGGGAUUGUACCCCAGUACGACGGCCAUCAGCGUUUUGAAGUCGAAGGUGCUGAUAGCGCAGCGGAGCAUUUGCGCAGGUUUGACGUCAAGGAGGGAGACAUACAUGAUGUGUGGGUCGCGAUCGCUCUGCAUACGAGCCCAGUGAUUGCAGAAAGGAUUAGCGAGUUAGCGAGAAUAGUAAGAGAGGCCGUUUUGAUAGACUUUGGGAAGCGGAAGAGUCUGUCAUCUGGGAAUAGAAAUGAGGAGGAUUUGAUGAAAUUGCGAGAAGGGUUUGAAGAAAAAUAUCCUCGCCUAGGAGUCGAGAAAGUACUUGGAGAUGCUGUUGUAGAGCAAGCAGUGAGGCAUCCAGAGAAAGCACCACCUGCUUCAUGGCCAGGGAUUUUGUACCGGGCACAUCUGGCAGAUCCUGGCUGGGGCGGGGUUAACAGGGCGUUUUAAAAUGUCUGGUUGAGAGUUAGUACGCCGAGCUGCAUACCCAAUUGGGUUAGGUUGCGACGAGCAGCUGGAAGAUAUAUUAACUUGAGG